CGAUAUCUCAAUUGGCCCAAGAGGGUGGCGCGCUGCAUCAUUCGUGGGGGACGGCAUGUUUUUUGUUGCCUUGAUUUUUGUUUAGUUUUCUAUGUUGUUUCCGGAAGUUAGAGGGUGUUAAAAGUUUUGGAUUUCCACCUUUUGUUUUCUGAGUACAGUAGUGGGCGGCAACAGAGAUACUUUUGAGGAGAUAGGAAACUCCUUGGAAUUAUAUUUACGUCCGCUGUGUACGUUUCCCGUUCGUAAUAUCUCUGGCGGCAACACAACUUUUCAGGAAGUAGUCCGUCCUAAUACCACACCGAUGAAGAAGAAGAACAUUUUGGAGCCAUGAUUUGGAGCUUGCGAACAUGGAGUCACUGAAGGAAUGUCGUCUUUGCCCCAUAUAUUUAUGCAAUUUCCUUUUUGUUGUUGCUUGUUGGCAAUCUACUCUAGCUGGUGACUGUCCUGCAGAUGGGCGCACCUGGGUGCCUUUCAGACAAAGAUGCUACCACUUCGUCCAUGGAGAAGAAGACGUGGCAAAAAGCUAUACGAUUGACGCUGCGAAAAACCUCUGCUCAGGAUAUGAACUGCUGAGUGUCCAAAGUGCAGAGGAGAAUAAUUUCAUCACCAAGUACAGUCCGCAGGUGUGGAAAGGCAACAUACACGUGUGGUUGGGCAUGUAUUAUGACAGUGAUGAUGAUGACUUUAAGUGGCAAGAUGAAACUGGUCUGAGCUUUAAUAACUGGGGGAAUAACUCCAGUGAGUCUGAAUUGAUUCCCAUGGACACCUGUGUGGCCAUGCACAGCAGCACAGGGGAGUGGAUGAAAGUCAGCUGUGUCGAAAACCCAGAGAAUGGCGUGGUCUGUGAAACUGCUGAAAAGAAGGACGGCAAACUUGCUCCCAGUCCACUGCUUUCAGCUCUGGUAAUUCUCAGUGUGAUCGGAAUCAUGGGGAUCUCUGCAGUCUUUUGGUUCCUGCACCAGAAGCACCAACACGGUACCGUCCUCACGUCAUUCGAGUACCACCCCCCGUUCAGGUCUCCCACCUCUGACGAGGCCUGUCUAGUGGAGACUGAUGACAUGGCUUAGUGGGAAGUCCUCUUAGAUUAUGCUGUGUGCAGUCACUCUUGGAGGAGAGGACUCGGAGAGAAAAAGGUGACCUUAAUUUAGGCGGGUUCCAUUGUCCAGGAGAGAUGAUUUGACAGCUAAAAUAACAUACUGCGAUGGAAUGACACGUGGCAACUUUUACCACCAACUAGAGCCACCGUCUGGUCCUUUACACCAUUGCCUGGGCUCCUUUAUGGAUAUUGGGUCCGGCCGCUUAGGUCCUUUACACCAUUGACUGUCUGAAUGGGCUCCCUUAUGGAUAUUGGGUCCGGCCGCUUAGGUCCUUUACACCAUUGACUGUCUGAAUGGGCUCCCUUAUGGAUAUUGGGUCCGGUUGCUUAGGUCCUUUACACCAUUGACUGUCUGAAUGGGCUCCCUUAUGGAUAUUGGGUCCGGUUGCUUAGGUCCUUUACACCAUUGACUGUCUGAAUGGGCUCCCUUAUGGAUAUUGGGUCCGGUUGCUUAGGUCCUUUACACCAUUGACUGUCUGAAUGGGCUCCCUUAUGGAUAUUGGGUCCGGUUGCUUAGGUCCUUUACACCAUUGACUGUCUGAAUGGGCUCCCUUAUGGAUAUUGGGUCCGUCUGCUUAUCCUUUACACCAUUGAC